AUGGCUGCAUCUACCUCCUUCAAGGUGAACGGAUUCACCGCUCUUCCUAUAUCCUAUUCCAAAUCUUCGACACACUAUCUAUACGCCAGAGCCCAUGCCUCCUCAAACAAAAAAGAUCCCAAGCAGCAAAACCAACUUCCAAACGGUCGAACCCUUUUCCUAGUCAAUGUCCCCCCAGAUGCGACCGAACGUGAACUCGUGAUGUUCUUCAAACAAGCAGGGACGGUGGAGAAGGUCAUCUUCGACUUUGACGUCAAAGAGCUUCGAAAGGACGAGGAGGGCACCGAUAGCGAAGCCGAUGAAGACGAAAUGGACUUGGACGGCACCGCAGACGCCGAAUCCUCAGAACACCCCCGGAAACGGCAGAAAAUCGUCAAGGACGAACCACCAAAAGUUGUAGAAUUACCUUCUCGACCACACCGGACGAUACGGAAAACGGGCCUGACGGCGUAUGUUGUCUUCCUCGACGAAUCGUCGUUGAGCCGUGCGCUAUCCCCGUCUUCAAAACCUCGACCCUGGCCGACCUCAUCUGAAGAGCCGUCGGGUCUCUCCCACUACAUUACGAUCUACGAAAACCUACGACCACCGUUAGACCUGAUCCAAGAACAUGUGGACACCUACAUGGAGCUGUUCGAGUACAAGCAGGCGAAGGAGAAGCAAAAGUCCAAGUACCUCAAGGGAGAGGCUAUCGUCGACGAGGAUGGGUUCACCUUGGUCACCAGAGGCGGAGCGUACGGCAAGACAUUGGGUGGUGGAGUUGCUGUUGCUACCAAGCAGUUCCAACGUUCUGGUGCAACUUCGCGUACAAGGCCGAAGAAGAAGAAAGAGAAGGAGGGAUUCUACGCGUUCCAGAAGGCAGAAAAGCAGAGGACAGAGUUGAUGAACUUGAAAAAGAAGUGGGAGGAGGACAAGGCGAAAGUGGAGAAACUCAAAGCUUCCCGGCGGUUCAAGCCCUACUAG